UGACACGUGACAACUUUGAACAUUAAUUGAUAACCAAGCAAAGCUGAAAGCAAUCGAAUUCAAAAUAUAAAAGCCGAAAGAUAGAUACUGGCGAAGUGUAAAUUGUUAAACAUUGGACUACACGAUACCUAUGUUAUUUGGUUUUUGUGUGGUAACUGCUGAUCACUUUUUUAUUCCGAAAUUAUUACAAUGCGAAAAGGAAAUAAAAUCGUGUUUACAUUAUGGCUGAUUUCAAUCUUUACAUUACUUGAAGUAUUUGGACAUUCACAUUCACACGAUUCACCGGCAUUCAAAUACAGUAAGGAAGCAAAUGAGAAAAGUUUUGAUAAAAAUAUUUCCGAAUCGGAUUAUGACUUGUAUGUGAAAGCGUUGACUUCAACUGUUUUUAUCAGUAUUGUGCCAUUUUUUAUAUUAUUCUUUAUCCCUGUCGAUGGUACGGUGGAAAAACAACCAUUAUUAAAAGUGUUGCUAUCAUUUGCCUCUGGUGGACUUCUUGGUGAUGCAUUUUUGCAUUUAAUACCACAUGCACUAGUUUCGAGUACUGUUGAAGGACAUAGUCAUAGUCAUUCCCAUUCGCAUGACAAUGAACAUCAUGAACCCCAUGAUUUGACUGUUGGUCUAGGUGUUUUAGGUGGAAUCAUAACAUUCCUAGUUGUGGAAAAAUCAGUUCGCUUGUUUAGCAAUGGGCAUGGCCAUUCACAUGGAACAGAACAGAACACAAAGAAGAAAGAUGAUAAAGGAAAAAAAUCGGUGAAAGUCAAGAAGAAUGAGAUCAAGGUGGCUGGUUAUCUCAACCUGGCUGCAGACUUUAUACAUAACUUUACAGAUGGAUUGGCAAUUGGUGCUUCUUAUAUAGCUGGACAUAAUAUUGGUUUUAUUACAACCAUUACAAUAUUAUUACAUGAAAUACCUCAUGAAAUUGGGGACUUUGCUAUACUGGUACAGUCGGGAUGUUCACGCAGAAAGGCAAUGUUUCUUCAAUUACUUACUGCAUUUGGUGCAAUGUCAGGAACAGUGUUAUCUAUAUACCUUAAAGGAUCAAGUGAAGGCUUAAUAUCUUCUCUUAUUUUACCAUUUACUGCUGGUGGAUUUAUAUAUAUAGCAACUGUAUCAGUGAUUCCCGAACUGCUGGAAGGAUCAAAUAAUAAACUCUCUCAAUCGAUCAAAGAAAUACUAGCUUUGUUAGCAGGUGUAUAUAUGAUGGUUAUCAUAGCACAGUAUGAGUAGAAACAUAUUUAAAAUGUAAGACUGUUAAUAUUAUGUUUAUGUAAUAAUCUUAAAUACAGUAUCAUAACAUCACACAA